AUGUUGGCACCGGGUUUUGGCCCUCCCGUGCCACGGGAAGCCGUCCUAUGGAGCUUUCCUCGGCUAAAGGACCUCCGAGGCAUUCGGAUCCAGGCAGGAGCCGGGGAGAGAACUCGAGGCUCCGACUCUCCGGGCCCCGGGAGGCGUCUUUGGACCUGGCUGCUGGGCUUUGUGGCGGCCGCCACAAAGCCCCUCCGGAGCUGGAGCCGCCCGCGCAAAGCGACACCCGCACUAAAAGUCCGGGACGUCGUGAAGGGCCAGGGGGGCCCCACGGUUGCGGCGCGGAAUCCGCCGGCGCGGAGGCGCUCCUAUCCUCCCUUGCCUCCGGCCCCCGGCAAGCUGUCGCCAUCAGAGAGGCGACAGUGGCGAAGGGAGCAGAGGUUUCAGGAGAUGAAGAAGAAGCGGAAGGCUGGCCGCGCAGAGGAGCGGCGCAAGGCCGCCCUUCGUCGGAAGGCGGCCCGGCAGAAGCUGCUGGCAAAGAUGACUGAGGAAGAGAAGCGGGCAUACUUUUUCGAAGAGAGGCGGGAGCAAGUUGAGAUGGAAGAAAGCCUGGAACGAGCAUUUGAGCGAGGUCGCCCCCGAGUUGUCAUCAAUUGCAGCUUCGGGGAAUUUAUGGGAGACAGGGAAAACAGGUCCCUGGCGCAACAGGUGAAGCUAGUGUACACACUUCUGAAGCGUAUGCGAGCGAAUUUCCAGCUGCACCUCACGUCUUUAGAUGCUCAGAAUCCAGCCAGUGCACAUCUGACCAACAGCGGGCUAUCAGGGUGGAAGCUGCAUGUGCACGAUGAGAGCGUCUGGGAGCUCUUCCCCUCAGAGGAUCUGGUAAUCCUCUCGCCCGAUGCCAGAGAAUGCCUCGAAACCAUCGAUGAAGACAAGAUCUAUGUCAUCGGGGGCCUCGUCGACCGAAGGGUUCAGAAGAAAAGGACUUUCGACCAGGCAAAGGAUCAAGACUUGCAGCUGCGGAAGUUGCCGCUCAAGGAAUACGGCCCAAAGGGUCUUCAUCCCAUCCUCAACAUAGACGUGGCUGGGCUGUUCUAA